AUGACACAACGUUUUCAUACUCUUUUGCCUAUCUUCAUUAACUAUUUCACUCAAUUUACGAAUUUGGAGGCCGUCAAAUGUCACCGUUAUGUUCUUCAUUCUCAGGAUGAUUCUUGUGAGGGAGAUUUUUGUGUCAUUCAACGGAAAGCAUUCAGUGCAAAUUAUCAAACCUGCAUCACUGGGCCAAAAAUUCCGUCCACAACUUGUUUCUUGGACUUUGAAGAUUCAGUUCAAUGCUUUUGCGACACUGAUUUUUGUAAUAACUCGACGUUGCUUCUAUCGAACGCCACUAUUUUACCCAUAAUUGAAUGCAAGGAUGUUAUUGCAAAACAAUAUCGAGCAGCAGCGUGUAAUAAAUGCAUUUGGUCUUUGGAAUACUUAAAGCAAGAUAAAAGCUUAGCUCCUAGUGAUAGAACAGACAGGGUUAUUUGCUCACAAACGGACGAAUCAGGGCCAUUUAAUUUACAAUUCACGAAAUAUAUGGAAACUCGACUAGCCACCAAUUUUUACACAGAAGCGUGCUACAAUGUCUCAUUGCAUUCAUUUCAUUAUUCAACCUAUUGCAAAUGCACAACGAAAAACUGUAAUGAUCCAGAAGCCCCAAUUCCCUAUCCAAUAUCAUCGCCUACUGUGUCAUGUUAUACCAGUGGUUAUGACGCAAAAGUUGACAAUGCGAAGUAUGAGACUGAUGGUGAUUUUUAUGAGAACAUAUACAGAGAUUUAAUGCAAAAUGAGAGUUAUUACGACGAAGGAAUUCAAUGUCGUGGGCACUACUGUUUUAUCGCGGUGGACAAGAUUCAUGAAAAACCUCUUCACUUCAAAGGAUGUAUAUCGGCAAAUGAGCAGGGAGAUAAUAAAAUACAGCUUGGAUACUCGUUUAUAAACGAAAUUCCAUACUUCAUUUGUAAUACUGAUUUUUGCAAUUACGAUAUUGCAACAGCGACCGAUGAAGCACGAAACGCAACAGCAGUUCAAGACAAUUCUUCUAAUUUGAGCAAAAAUAUUAUUAUCUUUGUCUUCAUUAUUUCUGUUGAAUUUUUGUUCGAAACAAUUAACUAAAAUAAAUUACAUCAAAUGUUUGUUGUUUUCUGGUGAACAAGCAUUCAACGAGACUUUCAAUCAUUAUUUGUAUUAAAAUAAUAAAGGAAAUUAAGAGUGGGAGGACAUUAUCCGUGGACAACUUAUUUGGCUGAAAAUUUUGUUUUUUUAAUACUUUUUACUAAUUCCUAAUUUUUCAUGUCACAUUUUCUGAAUUAAACAUAGGAAGUCAUGCAAUAAAGUGUUCUACGA